AUGUGGAUGGUGCAGCGGGGUGGCGCAGCGAUCAACCAACGAUGGGAGGAAAAAUCCGCGAGUCUGACCAAUAAGGCGGAUAUUGCAGUUUUACCUCUUGCACAUGUCCGAUGUCGUCAUUGGGAGACCACAAUCGCACUGCCUCGUAUCGCAUCAUUGACAGAAAAUGGAUAAGCAGAGGCUGGCUGUCCGGACUGAUGCGGCAACAUCAAUAUUGAAGCAACUUGAUGGAGAAAACUAGAGGAGUCCCUUUAAGAUGACACGCACAGACCCUCCUGACAUACUGGUAUCAACUGUGCAUCGAGAUAUAAAAGUGGUCCCCAUUUCUUCACACUACAAAUCCUUGCAACCCUCCAAACAAUGUGAUUUCAUAAAUUACAGCACACUGGAGGACAGUAAGAGCAAAGUCAAUAAGAGGCACUGCCGUACCUUUGACUAUAGGUCAUUGGAGUACCCAAAGUUACGCAAAUACUCAAUGGAGUCCCCAUACAAGAAGGCUGAUAGGCAUGCAGCUAACCCAGAUGCUGCCUGGAAUGCCUUGGGCCACCAGCAGAGAUACCGCUUUUCUGCUCCGGACAUUUUUAGCCAUAGGUUAACUCCUCAACCAAUGGCUGCAGAUAUGACCAGUGAAGUAGUUGUCCCUGAACAAAAAAGAAGGACCAGGUCAAAAAGUGCCCCUCGGGUCCAGACCAGUCUCACUCCUGUGUCUUUUGAAGGGUCCUCAUCUUCGGGGAGGAAGGGCAGGGAGUCACAAAGGGCUCCAAGAGACACUCGCUGGAGACCAGAAGUAUCACCACGUAGGGAGUCCUCCCAUGCAGCAGCUAGGGCUCAUAUACAUGAAGUUCAUCCCAUUAAGUUGCAGCCUCAAAUGGGUGACAGCAGUAGAUACUCACCUCACUAUGCUGCUGAUAAUACUGAGGAUGGAGGGCUGGAUAAACCCGCAACUAGCCCUCAUGUCAGGUGUAGGGUAGACAUCAAGCCUGAUGAUGCAGCAUUGCAUCAUUCAGGACGCAAACAGGCUACACCACAAGUGGACAUACCCUUGCAGAGGCACCACAGUGGGGGGAGUAGGAGUCUGACUGUGCCACGCCAUUUCUCCUACUCAAGAACACCAACUCCCACUGAUUCGUUAGGUACAGAGGGUAGGCAAGCUUAUCAAUAUUCUCGCAGCAUGCCAAAUAGUUACUUACAACCCAUGGAAAUUCCCUUGCAAAGAAUGCCAUCAUCAGGUGAUUACUAUGGUAGGGAACGAAGAGCUCAUUCCAGUCCGAAUGUGCCAACCAAAUUCUUUUAUGCAGAUGACCCUGGGAGAUAUGUUACUACUGCUCCUCCUCAACCAAGUUCUUGCUUUCACAAUGAACAUUACACACCAGGACGAACAUAUACUCCAAAAGUGCAAUACGUGCAAGAUCCAAGGACUCGAAUGGUACAUGCUGUAGCUACAAGACCCUUUUAUCCUGAGAUGGAGCCCUAUCCUUACUCUGUGCAGACAGGGUAUCCCAAACCCUAUGCAGCAAAUGAACCAGGGCCAUACAUUAUACAGACACCUCCAACAAGAAUAUUUUAUGGGGAUGAUCCAAGGUCUUAUCAAAUCCAGACUGCUCCGCCAAGGUUUUAUUAUUCCAGCGACAUGUAUGCAAUGCCACCAGAGCACCAUAUCCCAGCAAGGGCAUAUUACACAGAGGGCCGAAGACAUGCUAGAGUCAUUCAGGCACAAACAGAUGACUGGUAUGGCUCAGAUGCAUCUGGUUAUUCCACCAAUCCUGCCUCUUAUGUAUCUCAAGUCACUCCAACCAGAGUCCAUCAAGAACCAGUGUUAGCACCCUGGUAUGCCAACCCAUGUUUAGAGACUCAAAGAAUUGGCACAGAUUCAAAAUCUUACUCAAGGUCCUGGGACAAUAUUCUCAACUCUCGAGUAGAGAGGGAACAACCUCUUCCUGUACAACGGGGUCAGAGCUAUGAUGAUCUUCUUGACUCCAGGAAGCCUGCAGCAGUCUCGGGUGACAAACCGCAACCAGUGGUGGUCAAUCUUUCCAGUUCACCAAGACGCUAUGCAGCCUUAUCAAUGUCUGAUAACUCACUAAUUGACAAAAGCCCAACAGAGACAUCAAAGAGCACGACUAGUAAACUCUGGUUUGUCACUCCUGAGAUAACAAUCACUGAUAAUGACAUUCGACCAGGGAAACUUAAUAAGGCUGAAGGACGGUCUGCCAGUUGGGACAUUCUUGACUCCAGAAGCCCAGAGGGUCCAGACCUGUCUCAGCAUGACUUUGAAAGCUCAACCAAAGAGAAGACACAUGACAAUGCCUCACUACAGCAAAGCCUUGAACAACUUGAUGAACUUCUGGCAGAUCUUGUGACUGAUUAUAAGCCACCCAGUAGAAGGGCAAGUGAGGACAUUCUUGAUCAAUUAAAGAAGUUAAUUGAUGAGGAAGAAGCAGUAUCUCUAUCCAGAAAGAGCUCAAAGGCCUGUGCAGAGGAACCAGCUCCUCUUGAUAAGCAGCCAACCUCAAUAAGAAUGACCCCUGAUGCUUUUCGAGACAUGGACGGGGCCAGUGAUGCAAUGAAGAGUGCAGAUGAGUGCUCCCCAGAUCAGAGCCCAGAUGAAGAUGAUACAAUGAUGUGCUCAAACAACAAAUGCCGGAGGACAGAGACCCUGUUUAAUGCUUGCCUAUAUUUUAAAUCCUGCCACAGCUGCUACACUUACUACUGCUCUCGUAACUGUCGCAGGGAGGACUGGGACAUUCAUAAAGAAAGCUGCCUGUAUGGAAGAAUUGGCAGCAUAUGCCGUCACAUCAUCAAACACUGCCGGGAGACUGUUGAAGUCCACAAAGCCUUCUCCCGUAUUGCCAAAGUUGGCUACCUUUCUCGAGGUAGAGGAGUUCUGUUUCUUGGUUUUCCAAAUCCUGCAUCAUCUAGUAACUUCCUGCAGUAUGGUCUUGAUAGUCUACUGAUGUCUCCUACAUACCUGUCCCUCCGAGAGCUUGAAAGCUUCAAGGACAACCUAGGGGAGUAUUGUAAGGAGCUGCAAGAAGCUGGUAAAGAGUACGACCCUAAUGAAUGUUUCAUCUUGAAUGUAUCCAUUGCUGUUGGUGACCAGUUGCCCGAUGGGCCAUCACCAAGGAAUCAAGCUCCAACUGUCAGAAAAUAUGCAAAGGUAGCACUGGCUUCCUUUAGCCCUGAAAGGAAGGUUCAUAAGAAAGAGAGUGACAUGGAAACGCUGAUCCUCACUCCACCCCCUGGAACAGCAGAUAUUGACAAAGAGGGAGAUGAAGGCAGGAAGGCCAGGGAAAUCUGUUUUAUCAAUAUACAACGGGAGUUAAGGAUUCGAGGGGUUUUCCUACGACACGAAUACCCACAGGUAUAUCAGCAGCUCUGUGAGUUUGUGGAAAGUAACAGAAGGUUCACACCCACAACUAUUUAUCCUAUUGACAAGAGGACAGGUAAACAGUUUAUGUGCAUGAUUAUGGCUGCCUCUGAGCCCAGGACGUUGGACUGGGUAGGCACUCCUCAUCUCCUUGAUGAUAUUAUUUGAGUGCACCUUUUGUUGUAAAUAUAUAUGUAUAGAAAUACAUAUAUAUUAUUACACAUAUUUAUAUAUCAAUCCAAUUACAAACAUUUGUAGAUAAGUAUUUUGUUAUCAAAAUAUCUAUAUUCAUUUCUGCUUGGUCAGUAUUCUAUUUCCUGUCAGGUGCAGAAUGAGUACAGUACAUUAUUUAUUUUAAUUUUUUUAACAAAUACAUACUUUCUAUCCACCACAAGUCAUUUAUAUGUAUCCUGGACAUUUACUUUUACAACACAUUCCCUUUGGUAGGGACUACUUAAGCUGACAUUCUACUAUUUUAAUUUUUUCAAAUUCUUAGCAACAACUGUAUGUUGUUUUUUUUACAUAGUCUCUUUGAAUGAAAGAGUCCAUUUCUGUGUGUGAGUACGACGUGACUAUUUUUCAUAUGCGACUUUAAUGGUAUACCAUGCAGAAAAUAUGAAACAAUAUUUUCUUAGCUACGUAAACACAUUCUAUGCAAAGUUGCUUCAUGACCUAAGUACCACAUUACUGUAGGAGUUGUUUUUGUUACAUAUUAUAUUAUAUUAUAUUAUAUCAUAUUAUAUUAUAUUAUGCACAUCUGUAAAGAAAGUUUUGUUGAAAUUGAGUAAAAUUUUGAAAGUUUUGGUGGUAAUGUUUAUCAUAGGAAAAUAAUGAAAGCUGAAAGAGACAUUUGUGCUACUUGAAACAUCUAUAAAAAGAACAAAAACUUAUUGUUACUUAGGUAGAAGUACUAUACUGAAAGUUAAUGUUUUCCUGUUUCAGUUCACCGGAGCACUAGUGGACUUGAAAGCAACCCCACAAUGGAUACUGAAAUGGUGCCAGUUGCCAGCCACACAGUAGGUGUUGGCCUGUACUGCUCAGUUUUAAACACUGUGAAUAGUGAGAGUUACAAAAUCAAAACUUGGUAUAAUACCAAGAUAUCAUGCAGUUCCCUAUAACGGUAAAGUUGAUGAGUUGUAUUUUUAGAUAUGUUUACAAUAAGAAUAUAUGAAUUAGCAGCAGGAGUUAUUGUCCUUAGAACAAGGUGAGCCAGAUUUGGCUCAGUAGCUACAUAAACAGUACAUAAAUGCUUGAAGAAGACAUUAGUUGUGUAUUUGUGCUCCACUAGUUUUAUUACGUGUGAUUUAUAUUGUUUGUUUGUUUGUUUUAGUAAAUCAAAACCUUUGCAUUGCUCAUAGGUUGCAGGAGUUUUAGAAACUUUUAUCAAUGCAACGUAGCCAUGCUGCCUCAUAACUCAGUACAUUUCUUAAUUUUGUUUUUGUAGUGUCCUAAAUCCUAAAUUUCCUGCCAGCACACUGAUGAUGAUUUUAAACUUACCCAGUCAACCCAGUCAUUAGUCAUUGUUCUUAGUCAACCCAGUCAUUAGUCAUUGUUCUUCAUUUCAUUUUGUAUAUAUAUAUAUACAUAU